CUGAGAUUUUGGGAUGCAUACAGCUCUCAUUUCCCAGUUUUGAAGAAGCUUAGGCUUAUGGGAUUGAAACACUUGGAAGAGAUCCCUUUGGAUAUUGGAGAAAUUCCGACACUUGAAGUUAUCAGUGUGGAUGGAUGCAGUGAGUCUGUUGAAAUUUCGGCAAUGAGAAUAAAGGAAGAACAAGAGAGUGUAGGACAUGAAUUAAGAGGAGCCUUCAUUAGAUUAUCUCUAAAUAAAAUUAUCAAUUUGGUUUUAAAAUUAGUUAGAAAAUAAUUUGUUUUUUAAAUAGCAAAAUGAUGCCUGAAAAUUGAGUGGCACGACAGCUCAGCAUAGAGAAGAAGUAAAGCUCCUCAAUUUGUAAGUCUCAGUCUGUUGGCUUCCUUUUCUGGAACCUCCAAAAUCAUCGGCAAUGGCGGCUUAUGCAGCUCUGCUUUCUCUCUCGACAAUCAAUCAGAUCCAAUUCCUUCAGAAAAAGGCUGAUUUCAUAGAGGCCUAUAAUCACGGUGGAGGUAGUAAACAGGCACAACAUCUCGAGAGACAAAUAUCGCAGCCGAAGACGUGAUUGAAUCGUGGAUCGAAUUCAUUCUGUAUCCAAUCAAGCAAGCCUUGGAUGCACGGUCGAUCUGCAGCAGGUAAUUCAAGCUAUGGAUGCUAUAAGAUUUUAUUUUUUUGUUGUUUAUUUUAUCAAUAUAGCCAAUUACAAUUAAUUAUUACGGAGAAACAGUAAAUUAGCCAAAGUCAGCUCGUUUCUUCAAGGAAAAUGGCAGCAGGAGCAUAAUGGAAAAGAAAUUUUAAUAAUCAGAUAGUGGAGCACUCGCUGGAGCUCUAUGUUCAAAAGAUUCAAAUAAAACGACUUGAUUCAUUUAUUUCUCAGCAGACUCCGUCAAAGUCUUAUCUGAUGUUUGUAUAGUCAAGAUAGCAAUUGAGAUCGAUGGCUGCAGCUUAUGCAGCUCUAGUUUCUCUGAUGAAUACAGUGGAGCAGAUCCAAAACCACCCUCAACUUUCCACUUCUCUUGAUCAUUUCCAGAUUGAGAUCCUCCGCGAAAAGGUUUAUUUCUUCCUAGAUUUUAUAGAAAGUUAUUCCUCUCAUGUAGAUGAUUUGGAGAGGUGGAUUGCAACUGCAGCUCAUGCGGCUGAAGAUUUAUUUGAAUCCCAUGUUGUUUGGCGAAUUCGUACCCACGAAAAAAACAGUCUCGAUCUGCAGAAGGUAAUUGUAGAUAUGGAUCUUGUGAGAGAGAAAGUGUUGAAGGUGAAAGAGGAAAGGGGAGUCAGAUAUGAGCAGCCGACUGCUAAUUCAUCAAGAUCCGUUGCCAGUAACCGAGAGGCGAUUAUGGUGGGAUUUGGUGGCUACUUGGAUCAGCUCUUGGAUUUGCUCACCGGAAAUCAAUCUAGCCGCCAGAUCAUCUCAAUCGUUGGCAUGGGCGGUACUGGUAAGACUACUCUGGCCAAGAAUACUUUUGAAAAUUCAAUUAUUAAGCGACACUUUGAUGUCCGUGUUUGGGUGUCUGUUUCAAAUGAUUACAAUUUAUCAGAUAUUUUCUUAGAAGCUCUUUCUCACCUAAAAGAACUCACUGGCACUAUUGAGAUGGACAAUGAAAGAGACGAGUAUCGAUUAGGAGAACAAUUGUAUAAAGGUUUGACGGGUAGAAGGUAUCUGAUUGUACUGGAUGACGUGUGGAGUGUUGAAGUUUGGGAUAAGAUAAGGUUUUAUUUUCCUGAUAAUGGGAAUAGAAGUCGCCUCAUUUUCACUACUAGGCUUUCAGAUGUGGCUUUCUAUUGUGGAUCGUGUUGUGUUAGGGUGAAUCUUUUAGAUGAGUGUGAAUGUUGGGACCUAUUUUGCGUGAGGGUAUUUGGAGAGGAAGAUUGCCCCCUCGAAUUAGAACAAAUUGGAAGAGAGAUUGCUAAAAUGUGCAGAGGGCUUCCUCUGUCGAUCACUGUGAUCGGAGGGCUUCUUCAAAAGUCAGCUAAGACAGUUGAAUAUUGGCACAAUGUGUUAGAAAACAUUAGAGCAAUUUUGAGUUCAGGAGAGGGGGACCAAUGCCUAAAUGUGUUGUAUUCGAGUUAUAGCCAUUUGCCUGCUCAUCUGAAGCCAUGUUUCCUUUAUAUGGGGACUUUUCAAGAGGAUCGCGAGAUUCCAGUCUCGCGAAUCACGAAACUUUGGGUUGCUGAGGGAUUUCUAAAGCCCAAAGCUGCUCGAGUCUUGGAAGAGGUUGCAGAGGAUUACUUAAAGGAUCUCAUUGACAGGAACCUUGUUUUAGUUGGUAAGUAUCGUAAGAAUGGAAAGGUUAGAUCUGUCUGCAUUCAUGAUCUUCUCAGAGACCUAUGCAUAAGCUUAGCAGAUAAAGAAAAGUUCUUUUCUUCUGCGAGAGUUUGGUAUAGGAGUGAGGAUUCUUCAGUGGGAUAUCUAUCAAGGAAGUGUAAGCUGCGGUUCUUUGCUUAUAGUCCUGCUAAUUUCUCUGAGUUCAAUCUUACUUCUUCAAUAUCCUUUGUUUGGAAUCUGCAAACGUUGAUCUUUCAAGGAAGGUGUGGACUAGUCGAUGCACCAGCUGAAAUUUGGGAGAUGUCAUAACUCAGGCACGUCAUGUGCAACAGCAUUCGUCUCCCUGAUCCUCCUCGGAGUGACCAGGUAGAUGACACUUGUGUCUUGAGAAACUUGCAAACACUUGUGCAAGUAGUGAAUUUCAGAUGGACGGAGGAGGCGUGCAAGAGAAUUCCCAACAUCAAGAAAUUGCGCGUGGUUUUUGAUGAUGUCUUGACAGAUUACGAAGAUUGCUUGUGCUUACACUAUCUCCACAAUCUCUGCACUUUACAGAAGCUCGAAUCACUAAAAAUGAGGUUCCCUUUCUGCAUAUCGCGAUAUCCAGUGGAUUUGCUGAGCAAGAGGCUUGCCUUCCCCACUCGGCUAAACAAGUUGUGCUUGAGAAACUGCAGCCUCACUCGUGAAGAUCUGGCAACGAUUGGUUCGUUGCAACAUCUACAAGUUCUUGAGCUUAUACACAGCUCUUUCUUGGGAGGUGAGUGGAGCACUUUCAACGGUGAGUUCCCUUGUCUUAAGUUCUUGAGAAUCGACGGCUGUGAUGUCGUGUGUUGGGCUGCAGACACCUCUGCUUUUCGAGUUCUUGAAAAGCUCGUUGCUCGAGAUCUUUGGCAGUUGCAAGAGAUCCCUUCGGAGAUGGGAGAGAUAAACUCGCUCAAACUCAUUCAUUUGCAUCACUGCUCUGAAACUGCGGCCAUUUCAGCAUUGGAGAUUAAGAAAGAGCAAGACAGCUUUGGGAAUGAUAGCCUUAAGAUUGAAGUUGACAUCUCUUGGUACUGCUGCAGUGAUAGUUUCUGGGUAAGGGUGAAAGUGGAGAGUUUACCCAUCGACAUUAUUCGAUUCAGGCCUUUUGGAGUAUCUGCAUUUUGGUAAAAGAUUUGGGUGAAUAUCAUUUUAAACUUCAAACUUUUUUGCACUAUUGAACUUAGAUUGUC